AUGCAUGAUUUUUCCGGAACCGUUACGAUAUUGGCGCCGAUUAUUCGCAAGAAGAAAAAGGGAACAUAUGAACAGUUAUUUAAGGAACUGAAUGCCGACGGGUUUAUUCGUGUCAGAGUUGACGGUCAGAUUUACCGUACUGACGAUGAAAUCAAACUCGGAAGACAAAAGUCUUUUCAAUUGCCGACGGAGCCGUUGCCACCCUAUAAAAAUUUCCUUGACGGGUUCCGUGUCCAGUAUCUGAAAGCCGUCGGAGAAUAUCUUGGAUUUUCCAUGACGACACCGAUCUCUGAACUUACCGAUGAACAGUAUGCCGGUCUGAUGUAUGGAACAGAAGAUGCAAAAAUUCAGUUCAAACAGAGUUCACGCAAUGCCGAUUUCUUGUAUCAUGGAACCUGGGAAGGCCUCUUGCCGCAGGUGAAACGCCUUUAUGGAGAAACCAAAUCCGAACACCGAAAAACCGAACUUGAAAAGUUCAUGCGGAUUUUACCCUGUCCAACCUGUCACGGCAAACGGUUAAAAGAAUCGGUACUUGCAGUUAAAAUUGCCGAUAAAUCCAUUGCAGAUGUGACGGAUUUGUCAAUCGACGACGCGCUGAUAUUUUUUGAUCAUCUUACUCUGUCAAAAAAGGAAGAAGAUAUUGCCCGUCUGAUUCUCCGUGAAAUUCAUUCACGACUCGUAUUUUUACAGGAAGUGGGGAUUGGGAUACCUGACGCUUUCACGCAGUGCAGGUUCAUUAUCUGGCGGCGAAGCACAGCGUAUCCGGCUUGCUACCCAGAUAGGAUCGAAUCUGAUGGGUGUAUUAUAUAUUCUGGAUGA